GAUUUCUCCUCCCCCCAACCGCACCCGUCGCCCCAACAAAACCUCCGCUAGCUUCGCCAUCCGCAUAACCACACCACCCUACCUUUCCUCCCCUCUUACUCCUUCAGCACUCUGCUAGCCUCAAGCUUGCUCUUCCCCUCUCCCUCUCUCCCAGAUCUCCGAUGCUCGAUGCGGCCGCAGACCCUUCUCCCGAUCGCGUCUUGAAUUCUUGAUGACCUCCAGGUCGAUUUCUUGAUCCCUUGAUCCUGAAUUCCAGCUAGCUUCUUGAUGGAUGCCAUGGAGCUUGCUGCGACGAGGCACGGAUGCAAGGUCUGCGGGAAGAGCUUCCCGUGCGGACGGUCGCUCGGGGGCCACAUGCGGUCUCACCUCUCGCUGGGCGAGGCGGCGGUGGAGGUCGAUGCCGAUGACGAGCUGAGGCGUGCCUCGGCGGACGGUGGACGGAGCUCCAAUGGCGUUUUCGGGUACGGGCUGAGGGAGAACCCAAGAAAGACGCGGCGGCUGUCAGACUUCUCCGACGAGGAGGACGACGACGGUGGUGAUGGCGAGCACAAGGCGUGCUGGGAGUGCGGGAAGCUGUUCUCGUCGUGGAGGUCGCUGUUGGGGCACAUGCGAAUUCAUGCGUCCGGCGGGAGGGAUCGCGACGAGGAGGACGUAGACGUGGAAGAGGAGUUCGUUGCCGAGGAGGUGGAGGCAGAGGCAGAGGAGGCGCCGGAGAUGAUGGCGAUGGAAGCGCCUGUGCUGGCUGCGCCACCGAGGCGGAGGCGCCGGUCGAUGCGCGUGGCGGCGCCAGCACCCGCGCCCGCCCCGCCUCCGGUGCUGAGCGGGUUCGAGAAGGAGCAGGUGGACGUCGCGCUCUGCCUCCUAAUGCUCUCGCGCGACACCGGCCUGUGGAGCUCGGCGGUCAAAGAGGAGCCCUUCGACAAGGAGAACGAGCACAAGAAGGCGACGAUGAAGCAGGCGCGCCCCCCAAGAAACGUCUACGCUUACAAUUCCGAGGACGAUUCAGCUCUGCUUCAGUACGGCGACACCAAGAUCAAAAGCGGCGUCGCUAAGAGCAGGAAGCGAAGCUCGCCGAAGCAGCAAUGCGAGGCCGUGGCGACGAAGCGGACCCGGUACGAGUGCCCCGGGUGCGGCAAGGUGUUCAGCUCGUACCAGGCGCUCGGCGGCCACCGCGCGAGCCACAAGCGGAUCAACAUCAGCUGCAGCGACCCCAAGGCCACCCCCGCCGCCGCAUCCCCCGCGCAAGAGCAGAGCGCCGAGACAUACGCAUCGUUCAGCACCCUGUCCCCCUCGGCCUCGCCGGACUCGGUGGUCAUCGGCAUUGGCAAGGCCAAGGCUUCGGCGGUGGCCGUGGAGAAGUUCGAGUGCCCGGUCUGCUUCAGGGUGUUCGCAUCGGGGCAUGCGCUCGGCGGGCACAAGCGCUCGCACGUGAUGGCCGACGACGACGGCGAGCUCUACGCCGGCGGCGCGGACCAGGAGCAGCAUUCCGUGGUCGUGGCGGGGUUUCUUGAUCUCAACUUCCCGCCGGCUCCUCCGGAUGAGGCUUGAAGCUCGGUCUCGCUGGCUGUACUGAACCAAGCUUGAUCUGCAAAUCGAGGUGAUCAAUGGGGAUUUGUACAGAUUCAAUUCAAUUCAUUUUUUCAAGCUUCAGGCGAUCCUCGGGGAGAAUUAAAGAAGAAUUCAGAGUUUUCUCA